AUGAUUUUCAAUAUUGAUGUGUUUAACAAAAAUCCCCAUCUCCUGCACAAUCUCACUCUUGGCUACAAUGUCUAUGACAACUAUGUGAACACACUUGGGGCUUCAGAUGCCUUGCUGGACAUGCUAUCUACUGGAGAAGCCAAUGUUCCCAACUACAGAUGUGGAAGAAAGGACAACAUUUUGAUGAUUGUUGAUGGAGCUUUCGAAGAUAUCUCCCUCCAGAUGUCAACAUUAGUCGGCGCCUACAAAGUCGCCCAGAUGGUGGCAACACUUGUUCACCCAACUCAGGAAAAAGAUUCAAAUAUAAAAAGGCUGCCCACUGCUCUUGCAGCGUCUUACACAGCACAGUUAAAUUUAGCAUGCUUCACAAUGGGGGAGACAGUGCCCCUCCUCCUUCUGAAGCCCUUUUAUGAUGAGGAACAUCAGCUGCAGCCGGGACAGUGUCUUGGGGCAGAGAGCAAGUCACACAUCUUCCUGAGCAACCAAGGUGUGCAGAGCACCAACAAAAGCCAGAAGAAGUGCCCGCAAGAUAUGUCUCUGCCUCAGUCCAAAUGUGUAGAAAAAUAUAUUGAAAAAUGCACCAAAUGUCCAGAUGAACAAUAUCCAAACAAGAAUCGAGUCAAAUGUAUCUCCAAAAGAAUAACCUUCCUGUCCUAUGAAGAUCAUCUGGGCAUAAUCCUUGUGUUCUUUGCUCUACUCUUGUUCCUAACAACAAGCCUUGUUUUAAUCCUAUUCCUUAAAUAUCUAGAAACUUCCAUUGUCAAAGCCAACAACCGGGACCUCUCCUUCACCCUCCUGAUCUCCCUCCAGCUUUGUUUUUUGUCCUCCAUUCUCUUCAUCGGACAACCAAGGAAAGCCACCUGUCUUCUCCGACAAACAGUGUUCAGCAUUGUCUUCUCAGUAGCUGUAUCUUCUGUGUUGUCCAAAACAGUCAUGGUGGUGCUGGCCUUCCUGGCCACAAAACCAGGAAACAGGAUGAGAAGAUGGUUAGGGAAGAGCUUAGCCAACUCCAUCAUCCUUUCUUGUUCUGGUGUACAAAUUUUCAUUUGUGCCAUGUGGCUGGGAGUUUCUCCCCCAUUCCCUGACUCUGACCUGCACUCCCAGUCUGCAGAGAUUAUCCUUCAAUGCAACGAAGGCUCCAUCACCAUGUUUUAUGUUGUCCUUGGCUACAUGGGUUUCCUAGCUGCCGUUUGCUUCAUUGUGGCUUUCUUGGCUAGGAACCUGNUUGGGGCCUUCAAUGAAGCCAAACUGAUAACUUUCAGCAUGCUGGUCUUCUGCAGUGUCUGGGUCUCUUUCCUGCCCACCUACUUGAGCAGCAAAGGAAAGUCCAUGCCAGUCUCUGAGAAACCUAGAGUGAAAUGCCCACUGAAUUUGGACCGUCAGGAUGGAGAAAAGCCAUGGAGCUAUUAUAGGCCAGGAGAACUUCUCAUUGGUAUAGUCCUCUCUGCAUCUGAAAUAACACCUGCAACAUUACCUUUCAACAUGGCUCCUUCUAGACAGAUUCAGUUCUCAACUUUUGAAAAAAAAAGAAUACUAUUGAUGAUUUUCAAUAUUGAUGUGUUUAAUAAAAAUCACCACCUCCUGCACAAUCAAAGUUUUGGCUAUAACAUCCAUGACAACUAUGAAAACACCCUUGGCACUUCAGAUGCCUUGCUGGACAUGCUCUCUACAGGAGAAGCCAAUGUUCCCAACUACAGCUGUGGAAGGAAGGAAAACCUUUUGGUGAUGGUUGAUGGAGCUCUCAGAGACAUGUCCAUCCAUAUGUCAACAUUUGUUGGCCCCUACAAAGUCGCCCAGGUUUGUGCUUCUCUUUCUGGUAAAGUGAGUGGAUUGUUGGUGUUUGAGUGA